AUGGGGAAAGACGAAGCCCAGGUUUCUGGGCGCACUCCGGCCAAGACGAUCCAGGAGAAAUAUGCCGAUGUUACGCUCCACCUCAUUGAAGAACAUGGGGACAGUGUUGGACCGUUGACGGACGAGAAGGAGAAAAAACUGAGGAGAAAGCUGUACUGGAAGAUCAUGUUUCUGGUUUCGGUUAUUAACCUCACUUUGUUUGUGGACAAGUCGACCCUUGGGUAUGCAGCGAUCCUAGGGCUUUUCGAGGAGACAGGCAUCUCCAAAGCCCAAUAUAACAACUUGAACAGUUUCUUUUACGUCGGUUACCUGAUCGGCCAAUGGCCCGGCCACUACCUCAUGCAACGUCUCCCUUUUGGCAGAUUCGUUGCCGGCAUCAUCUUCUCCUGGGGCGUCCUUAUCUUCCUGCACUGUGUCGCGGUCAAAUAUGGUGGUCUUAUUGUCCUCCGCCUGCUCCUCGGCGCCGUCGAGGCUGUCGUGGUACCCGCGCUCGAAAUCACCAUCGGCAUGUUCUUCAACCGCAAGGAGCAAUCCUUCCUGCAGCCUAUCCUAUGGAUCACUUGUGUCGGCGCCCCAAUCCCCGCUGGCUUCAUCUCAUACGGCCUCCUCUUCAGCAAAGGCGCCAUCCUGCCUUGGAAACUCUUCAUGAUCGUCAUCGGCGGCUGGACAGUUCUUCUCUCUAUCUGGGUCUGGUUCGACUACCCCAGCAACCCGGCGGAGGCGAGAUUCCUCUCCACGGAAGAAAAGGUCCACGUUGUUCGCCGCGUACAAUCGUCCCACCAGAGCUCCAUAGAGCAGAAACAGUUCAAGCGCGCGCAGUUCAUCGAGGCUCUCCGCGACCCCGUCUCGUGGCUCUUCGCUCUGCAGGCCUUCACCCUUAUGUACUGCAAUAAUUUGAACUAUGGUCAGCAGAAUCUGUUGACUACUUCGAUCGGCGUGUCAGAUUUGGGUUCGACGCUUGUGGCCGCCGCCGGAGGAGGGUUCGGGACUGCGUUGUGUAUCGUUGCCACGCUCGCGUUGAAGUAUUUCCCGAAAUACCUAGCGCUGCAUAGUGCUGUUUGGUGUAUUCUAGCGAUGGCAGGUGGUAUCGGGAUGGUUGCUACUGCGUGGUCUGAGAAACUCGCACUCUUGGCGUGUAUGCUCCUAGCGCAGAAUACCUACAGCAUUACGUAUAUUAUUGCCCUGGGGUGGGCGACGUCUUCAGCGGCUGGGUAUACAAAGAAGUUGACGCGGAAUGGAAUGUUCAUGGUCGGUUAUAGUGUGGGGAAUUUGGUGUCGCCGCAGAUUUGGGUCCCGAGUGCCGCGCCGAGAUAUUAUGGGGCGUGGGUGAGUAUGAUUGUUGUCAGUUGGUUUGGCACGCCGGCCAUUCUGGGCGUCGUGCAUUGGAUCUUGAUGAAGAGGAAUAAACAAAGGGCGCAGUGGGCGGCGGAAUUGAGCGAGGACGAGAAGGAGGGGUGCGUGGAACAGGUGGAUGAGAGUGGCCAGGUGGUGAGGAGGAAGGUGGAUCUGGCGAUGUUGGAUUUGACGGAUUUCGAGAAUCGGUUGUUUGUGUAUCCGAUUUGA